AUGUUGCGGUGGUACCAAGCAAAGCUGGCGAAACAGCCCAUUUUGACCGCUAGUGUCACUAGCUUUGUAUUGUUUGGCAGCGGAGAUGUUCUCGCUCAGCAGCUGGUUGAUCGCCGAGGAUUGGACAAGCAUGAUGUGGCAAGAACCGCGCGCAUGGCUCUCUACGGAGGUGCUGUCUUCGGCCCGGCUGCCACGGCCUGGUAUGGUAUCCUGCAACGCCAUGUGGUUCUCAAGAACCCCAAAGUAACUCUUGCCGCUCGUGUCGCUGCCGAUCAACUACUUUUCACACCCACUCAUCUGACCUGUUUCUUGUCGUCCAUGGCUAUCAUGGAGGGCUCUGACCCAUGGGAGAAAUUGCGCAGUAGCUUCGUACCCAGUUACAAGGCAAACCUCACAAUUUGGCCCAUGGUGCAAGGUGUCAACUUCGCGAUCGUGCCUCUGGAGUAUCGUGUUCUGGUGGUGAACCUGGUCAGCUUGGGCUGGAACUGCUUGUUGAGUUUGAUCAACAGCGGCGAGAAAUAAAAGACCCCCUUCUAGUGCUGUUUAGCAUCGAACCAUAGAUACCCUUCGAUUUCACGACUCUGACAUUUUCAGUUUUAAAUUUCCUUCUAAGUCUUUGAGGCUUAUUGGCAUAUACUCUAUUAGAUGCUAGACCUGUUUAACCAUACUGUUUUUGCUGUAUACUCAAGCCUACAUGAG